AUGAAGAAGGCAUUGAUGUCAAAGAAUAAACUCAAGUUCGUUGAUGGCUCUUUGACAGUUCCUGCCAAAACAGAUCCUCUGUAUUCUGCAUGGGAGAGAUGCAACACAAUGGUACUUUCUUGGAUUGUUCAUUCACUUUCUUCUUCAAUUACUCAGAGUAUUCUUUGGAUUGACAAAGCUAUUAAUGUUUGGAAUGACUUGAAAGAACGAUUUUCUCAAGGAGAUAUGUUUAGAAUAUCAGAUUUACAGGAAGAAAUUUUUUCUUUGAAGCAAGGGGAUCGGUCUAUUGCAGAUUACUUUACUAAGCUAAAAAUCCUUUGGGAUGAGUUACUUAAUUUCAGGCCUUUACCAGUUUGCAUUCGCCCUAAUCCGUGUACUUGUGAUGCUAUUACAAAGAUGAAGGGAUAUCUAGAGGCUGAUUAUGUGAUUAGAUUUCUAAAAGAAAGGCAGUUAAAUCCAGUCAAUUCUGUUAAUCCUUUCACUAUUAAUGCGAUGGAGUCUAAAGUUUUUGUUAGCAAGGCAGUUAAUGGAUCGAUGGGUAAUAGGCCUCCUUAUUAUCAAAAGCCUGGUGCGCGAAAUGCUUACAAUUCAGCUGUUGUUGACACUAGAUUUUGCACUAACUGUGGCAAAUCUAGACAUACUGUAGAGACGUGUUACAAGAAGCAUGGGUUCCCUCCUGGUUACAGGCGUGGUUAUAAUGCUUCUGCCAACAAUAUAAUGGCAGAUGAAUCACAACAGCAAUAUGAAUCUAACCUAAUUUCCUCUCAACCUCAGUCUGGUACAAGCACAGGUCAAGAAGAUUCAGGUUUAGUCCAAAAGAAUUACGAAAAUUCCAGCAUUGGUUUAUCACAAGAUCAGAUUAAGGGGUUAUUAGCAUUGCUUCGAUCAGCACAAUUGGAUCCAAAGUCUCAUUCCAUAAACCAACAUGUAUCUACUUUUAACUUGUGCUACUGA